CACACCCGCUGCUCUCUGCUCUCUCUGCUCUUGCGUGUUGCUGGGCUUCACUCGUCCUCAAAGCUACAAACGGGCGGCUUAGGCGCUGCAGGGGGGAUUUGAACGACCGACUGAAAAGCGCGAAAUAAUCGAGAGAGCGUACACAUCAUGGCAGGCAUGGUGGGCGCUUCGCCUCACUUGCCAUCGGUGACGGCUGUGAGCGUUGACACCCUCUUUCUGGUGGUGAUGAUGUGCUCUCUUGUGGAGGUGGUGGCUGGGUUCGUCAUGUGGAAAACAUCGAGGGUGACACGAACAGAAGCUGCUUUGAUAUCGCAACGCCAAACCCUGAGGUCAGGAGUUGCCAAGACAAACUACACGGCGACCUUCGUCGAGAAUUCCAAGCUCAAACGCCUCUUGCUUAAGGCGGAGAAGGAUCUCGAGAGGAUUCAGUCUGCGAGGGACAGGAGGCUCAAGUCCGUGGCGAAAGCCGUGCGCGCCGUACGAGUGUGUGUGUAUGGCUCCAUGGUGGUGCUCAUGUGGGGACGGCCGUUGAUAUCUUUCUCGCCGGAUUACCUGUGGCCUUCGUCGUUUUCGCAUGCCCUGUCGGGUGGCAGGGCGGCUGGCAGCGUGGGGGCACUGUCCAUUGUGGCGAUGUUUUUGUUCGGGUUGGUACCACGGUUGUCGCCAUCGGCAUGAUGGGCGCUUCCGGACCACUCUGCGCAACAAAUAUUAAUGUUCUUGUUUUUCUUCCCCAUGUUUUUUCCACCCAAGUUCUGGGUGUGAAAAUUGUUGUUGCGGACCGCCCCACGAUGGACGGUUGUGCUUUCUGUUUUUCGUGUUGAAUGACUCUGCUUGGCUGCAACGAAUGAGUGAUAUACGGUGGUAGUGAUGUUCUUGUGGGCUGAGAGGUCCAUUCGCGGAAUGCUGCCUAUACUACUUGGUCAUGCCGCAAGUACGGGUACCGGUCCCUAUUUUUUCGCAUCCCUUGAGUUGUUGUUUCCUCUGUGGGUAUCACCAAGCUAUAGUUUCUAUCUUCUAGAGGGACUUGCUAGUUCAUGAAUAAGGCCUAUCUGUAUUCUGAACUGCCAAAGUUCUUUUGUGGUGGCCGGAACUGUACCAAGCACACGGCCUGUGAAUUUCGGACUACCGGUGCCCCACCGCGUGCUCCAUGUUGCCGCAGUGGUCCGUUGUACUUCCUUGCAUCAUAGUUGCUGGAACUAAGAAUGACGCAGCAUGACCGGAGAAGACUGCUGCGUCGUUGCAGUAUGUUGUCAUCAGAGCAAUCCAUGGACGACUGCGCUGAAUGCCAGUUAUUCUUUGUCCUCCCGAACCUUUCUUU